CGGGCAAUCCUCUCCCGGGCCCCUCUUCUCCAGCCCCCUCUGACCCGGUCACGGUGCGAUGGAUGAGUUCCCACCACGCUCCGAGUCUGAGGGCCCCGCCCCACUCGGGGCCUCGCCCAAUGCCCGAUUCGUCAUCUUCAGCUACAACCCCGUGCGCCCUCUGAGCGCCAUGCUGCCGCUGCAGCACCGGCACCUGCAGAAGCACCAGCAACUGGCGGCUCCCUUGUCGACGGCCGAUCGGCCCGUGGACCUGCCAAGCGCCUUCAGCCUGGCCUGCGACGCCGUCGCCCCGGCGAGCAGCGAAGCCACGGACCACUUGGGAGCCCCCCCAACCGAGUCCCCCCCAUCCACACAGCCUGGCUCGGUGCAUGAGCUCUUCGAUUCCUCGCAAACCGCCAGCGAGGACUUCCUGCUGGACCUGUACCUGACUUCGCUGAACCCCUCGGAGCCGGAGCAAUUCGUCAAACUGGCCCUCAUCAAGGGAUUCAUCGUGGGGGAGAUCGAGCGAGGUUUGACUGUUGGCCAGAGCGUCAUCAAGUCCCUGCCGCAGGACGACGACCCGGGCCCCGGGGGGCUGCCUUACUCGGCCACUCUCUACUACCGACUCAUCCGGUCGGUCAACGCGCCGACCGAAUCCGGGAGUCUCUUGCGUGCUCUGACCGAUCGUGGUUUCGUUUGUCAGGGCCACAUCAUCUGUUUCUUCUCGGAGACCACCUCGCCGACCGAGCUCGAACCAUAUCCUUCUUAGUGUCUGUCCACGCGGGCCUCCUGCCCCCGGCUCCGCCCCUCCCCGGAAGCCAGAGAGGUUUCCCCGAGCACCGACAUCCAUGCCUGGGCCUCCCCUCUGUGCUGCCGAGGGCGAUCCCGCCCCCUUUGCGUCUCCCUUUGUGCUUCCCACUGGUGCUCCUUAACUCUCUCUGUCUCAACCUGCCCACACAUUCCGGAAGUCCCUCGAUGAGUACUCUGACCUGCUUGUCCAGCUGCUGAUCAUGUCCCAGCAGGAGGAGGCCAAGCUCGACCCGACAGCCAUUGAGCAGGGGAAGUUCUUCUGGCCCGGCUCCAGCGAAAGCCAUGCCGAUUGUCUGGAUGGCCACUCAAUCCGCCAGGGUGGCAGCAACGGCAACAGCGGCGAGGGUGCCUCUUCUCGCGUGACCUUAAGCCCGCUCAUGGCGCGCAUCCUGUCCAUGCAGCCCGGCGGGGCCCUUGGUGAUGGUCUCCUUAGCACGGUGGACCUGGUGGCCCAACAUUCGGAUCUCCUGGCCGAGGCAUCCGCCCCGACCAUGGCCCGAUACUACCGCGGCCUGCCGGCCGGAUCGCUGGUUAGACCGCCUCCCUGCCGCAAUCACCGGAUUGAGCAUGUUCGCCAGCUGGCGGGCCUCUGGUUCGAUAUCUGUAUCGAUCCCAUCCGGCGUGUCAUCUGCCAAGCGCACAUGUCCGCCACACUCAGUGCCCUCCUGUAUGCCGGCUUUUCCGGGAGGCCGAUUGUCAUCCGUGCCAUGGCCGCCGGUGAGGGCGUCACCUCGAAGGACGGACAUCGAAACCUGUCCCUGGCUCAACUGGCCCGCGAGGCCGCCGAGGAGUCCCUCUUCCAGGACAUUUUGAGCUUCUAUCAGAUCCUCGACUCUUCCUUUGUCUUUGACGAGACGUCCGACUUUACGCCGAACAGCCGGCGGCCAAAUUGCGCGGCGCGAGCGCGGAACUACUGCACCUUCGAGCGUCUUCCUCGCUCGCCGGCGCCGGCGCCGCCGCCGCCGGAAAAGCCUUCCGGAAUCCCGGCCCCCCUGGCGGGCACAGAUCCUGGCCCCAGUUUGGGCCUCGCCGGUGGUGAGUCAAUGGAGCCAACCGGUGUCGGUUCUUCCCAUGAGGCCGGUGUGCCGGAAGAUGCGCUCCCCGUGCUGCCGGGGCCGAUGCCCACUCCCGGUGGGCCACGCGAUGGCGCCUCACUCCUGUCGCAAUCGCUUCAUCGCCAGGCGCUGGAGGCCGCCUCCUUGGGCGGCCUGGGCGCGGGAGAUCCUGCGGCCGCUCUGCCCGAGGCCGAGACCCAGGCCGACCCUGCGACUUGCUGGGAGACCCACGCCCGACCUCAGCCGCUGAUCGCCCCAUUGACCAUUGCCCCUGGGCCGGUGGUCUUCCACAUCCACUGGCCAGCUCCGGGGCCGGCGGCUAGUGAUCUUGCCGGGCGAGCGGGCGGUCAGUUGCCCAUCUCCCUGGCCGGGCAGCCCAUGUUCCUGGUGGCUGCUGAGUCGCAAUGGCUGGCAGGCAGUAAGCAUCCUGUGUGGAAGGACUGCCAUGUGCUGGCCAAAAAGUUGCGCGCCUUCGUGCGGCUCUUCUCGGAGAAGACCUCCCGGUCAUACUUCAGCCCACCUGCCGCAUCGUCGAGCACUGGUCCCUAUUCGUCGUCCACCGGGUCGGGACAUGCUUCACACGCCUUUUCUAUUCACCCCUCCAUCGCGUUGGAGGGCUUACUUUCCGAGUCCCGUGGGAAGGUCUCCCUAUUCGCAUAUCGGUACAUCGGGGAGCUGCAUGCCUUGGCCGAUGGGGAUUGGGCCCAAAUGCGGCUGUUUGUCGAUCGCCUCGCCGCCGAGGCCAAGACGUCCCCGUAUUCGGCCCUGGCCCUCGAAACGUUGGGGCAGUUUUUGGCACUGCACAUCGAGUCCACCCCGGAGCCCGGCACCUGGGACACCGCCAGAAGAGACGACUGCCCUCCGAUGACCGCGGCCAUUUCCCGCGACCCGACACAGUAUGUUUCUUGGAUUGUCCGCCAAUGGCUCGGCCUUGAUGAGGAAUGUGACACGAUCUAUCUCCGAGAUCUGGAGGCUGCCUCACAAGAGCUCCUACAAUGGGCGCAGGCCAAAUCAGUGCCCGAUGUCGAGUCUGACGCUGUGGCAUCUGCCGAGCGGAUCUCGGAUCUGAUCUUCGGCCUUGGGCUCUGAGCGACAUGUGCCGGUCAUUUGCGGCCAAGUACCUGCCCACCCGGUGUUCCGAAUGUACUGGGUGGCAAAUGAAAGCCCCCCCUCCCCCUCCACCCCCUUUGAUCAUUUGCAUUUGCC